AUGACGGGAAAGGCGAAGCCCAAGAAGCACACCGCAAAAGAAAUCGCCGCCAAGGUCGACGCGGCAACCACCAAUCGCGGCGGCGGAAAGGCCGGCCAGUCCGACCGGCUGGGGCAGGACAAGGGCGGUCACGCGAAGCUGGAGUGCCCCCACUGCAAAAUCACAGCCCCCGAUAUUAAGUCGAUGCAGAUCCACCAUGAGGCUCGUCACCCCAAGGUCCCCUUCGACGAUACCAAGCUCAAUGACCUCCACGCCGUCAAGGUCCCCGAUUCCGCCAAGCCCAAGCCCGGCAUCCGCGGAAGUUUCAAGAAGUAA